CUUAACUUGAAUUACGCCAAUCUUUUAAAAAAACCUAUUUAGUCAGACUUAAUCAUAUUUUUAACUUUAUUUAGAUGCUGCUAAUCUGGACACUAUCGCUGCUGCUGGGAGCAGUAGUAGGAAAAGAAAUCUGCUUCCCAAGACUUGGCUGCUUUAGCGAUGAUGCCCCAUGGGCAGGAAUUGCGCAAAGACCCCUCAAAAUAUUGCCCUGGGCUCCAAAAGAUGUCAAUACCCGCUUCCUCCUGUACACUAACGAGAACCCGAAUAACUUUGAAGAAAUUAUUGCAAAUGCAUCAACUAUCAUGAGCUCUAAUUUCAAAGCAGACAGAAAAACCCGCUUCAUUAUUCAUGGAUUCAUAGACAAGGGAGAAGAAAACUGGUUGUCCAAAAUAUGCAAGAACUUGUUUACAGUGGAAAGUGUGAACUGCAUCUGUGUGGACUGGAAAAGUGGCUCCAAAACCGGUUACACUCAGGCCUCACAGAACAUCCGGAUUGUGGGGGCAGAAUUGGCAUAUUUUGUUGAAGUUCUUCAGUCAGCAUUUGGGUACUCACCUUCCGACGUCCACAUCAUUGGCCACAGUCUGGGUGCCCACGCAGCUGGAGAGGCAGGAAGGAGGAUCAAUGGGACGGUUGGACGAAUCACAGGGUUGGAUCCAGCUGAACCUUGCUUUGAGGGCACACCCGACUUAGUCCGAUUGGACCCCAGCGAUGCCCUGUUUGUGGAUGUAAUUCACACAGACGCUGCCCCUAUAAUCCCCAACAUGGGGUUUGGAAUGAGCCAAACUGUAGGCCAUCUAGAUUUCUUUCCAAAUGGAGGAAAAGAAAUGCCCGGAUGUCGGAAGAACAUUCUCUCUCAGAUCGUUGACAUAGAUGGGAUCUGGGAAGGGACUCGUGACUUUGUGGCCUGUAAUCACUUAAGAAGCUACAAGUAUUACUCUGACAGCAUCCUUAACCCCGAUGGCUUUGCUGGAUUCCCUUGUGCCUCUUACAGUGUUUUCUCUGCAAACAAGUGCUUCCCCUGCCCCAGUGAAGGCUGCCCACAGAUGGGUCAUUAUGCUGACAGAUUUCCUGGAAAAACAAACGGAGUGGGCCAGAUAUUUUAUCUAAACACUGGUGAUGCCACCAACUUUGCCCGUUGGAGGUAUAAGGUAGCUGUCACGCUGUCUGGAAGGAAGGUUACAGGACACGUGCUAGUGACUUUGUUUGGAAAUAAAGGGAAUUCUAAACAGUAUGAAAUUUUCAAGGGCACUCUCCACCCCGACAGCACUCACUCCAACGAAUUUGACUCUGAUGUGGAUGUUGGAGAUUUGCAGAAGGUUAAAUUUAUUUGGUACAACCGGGUGAUCAACCCAACCCUACCCAGAGUGGGAGCGUCCAAUAUCAUGGUGGAAAGAAACGACGGAAAAGUGUUCAAUUUCUGUAGUAAAGAAACUGUGAGGGAAGAUAUUCUGCUCACUCUUGCCCCGUGUUAGGAGCAGCUGACAUGUGACCACCGCACCUUACUGCUAAUAAAAUCUACUGGUGAAGCAAUCCA